AUGAAGUUGCCGAUGUUGCUACUACUGCUCAUAGCAGUUGGCGGGGCUCUAUCGUUAUUGACCACUGAGAAAAGUCCUGUGUCCGGUCAGACCAUGAAACGUGAGCUGCUUGAAGGAAACUUUGGCCUAAGGACUACAUUCUUGAACAAAUAUGAAUCGCCAAAUACCACUCCUGGGAUUCAGUAUGCUGAAAAUCUCCAGCAGGAACUCAACCAACAGUCUGCGGCAGAAGUAAGUUCUAAUAAUAACUACUAUUAUAAGUAA